GGCGUCAUGAGGUCGAAUUGUUCCAGGUGGCAACUCUGCGUCAGUGCAAAAAAGUAAACAAUUCGGCGAGUCGCGCAAUGACGGAAAAUAGUUCUAACGAAAGUAAAGAGGAACACUUAGUAGAUGGUGGAGAUGCCAUAACAUACGAAUCAUCACCUCAAAUAACCAACACGUCUCCAAUUGUCAUACCCACUGUCGAUAUUGAGGACACACACUCCCUGGACUCGGGCAGCGUCUUUAGCUCGACUACAACAACAACCCGCAGCAAAAGCAAAUCCCCAAAUACACGAAAACUAAGAAGAUUGUGCCGGCGAGCGAAGGCGCCAAAAAUGGUGCAGCCUCUUUACAGAUAUAGUUAUCAUGUUCGCGAGGACCACAAUCAUCAAAUCUUUGGCGUUCAGUUCAAUCCCCAUCUGGAUAGGAGUCAAGCUGUGUUUGCAACCGUGGGCAAAGAUCGUGUCUCUAUCUAUGAAUGUGUUAAGAAUAAUGUGGAAGUUGAGUCUGGCGAUGCAGACAGCAUACGUUUGCUGCAGGUUUAUGCAGAUCCGGAUACCGAUGAAAGUUUCUAUACUUGCGCUUGGUCUUAUGAUGCCACAACUGGUGACCCGGUUUUAGCUGCAGCUGGUUAUCGUGGCGUUAUACGCAUUUUCAACAUCAUCAAACAUCAAUGCUCGAAGAAUUACAUUGGCCAUGGACAUGCGAUAAAUGAACUGAAAUUUCAUCCAAUUUCGCCGCAGCUUUUGCUCUCGGGCAGCAAGGAUCACUCGUUGCGUUUGUGGAAUAUUCAAACGGAUGUUUGUGUCGCUGUAUUUGGCGGCGUCGAGGGUCAUCGAGACGAAGUGUUGUCAAUUGAUUUUGAUUUGCGGGGCGAUCGCAUUAUGUCCAGCGGCAUGGAUCAUUCGUUGAAGCUGUGGCGACUCAAUAAGCCCGACAUUAAGGAAGCCAUCGAGCUAAGCUCGAACUUUAAUGCUAGCAAAAACACAGCACCCUUUCCCACCAUAAAGGAGCACUUUCCCGACUUCUCCACUCGCGACAUUCAUCGCAACUAUGUUGACUGCGUUCAGUGGUUUGGUGACUUUAUAUUUUCCAAGUCGUGUGAGAACUCGAUUGUAUGCUGGAAACCGGGCAAGUUGUUUUCGCAGCGUCACGAGAUUAAGCCUCAGGAUUCGACAACAGUUCUCCAUCAUUUCGAUUAUAAAAUGUGCGAGAUUUGGUUUGUGCGCUUCGCUUUUAAUGCAUGGCAAAAAGUGCUCGCACUUGGCAAUCAGCUGGGAACAACUUUUGUGUGGGAGCUGGACUCCAAUGAUCCGAAUUUGACUAAAUGCAGUCAACUUGUGCAUCCCAAGUGCACAUCAACCAUUCGACAAACUUCAUUCUCUAAGGAUGGCUCCAUUUUAAUUUGUGUAUGCGAUGACAGCACAGUUUGGCGCUGGGAUCGUGUGAAUUAAGUUAUAAAUCCUAUAUAAUUUGUAAUUA